AUGGGCUAUAAUUUCAAUGCCUUGACGUGCGAGUCAUGUAAAGUGAUGUUCAGGAGAAAUGCCCACAACUUUGAGAAAUAUCGAUGCAGUUAUAACGGCAACUGUCGGAUAGAUAUGAAAACUAGGAAACUGUGCAAAUCGUGUCGAUUAACAAAGUGUUUUAUAAAUGGCAUGAAAAUAGUCAGAAAAGAGAGUAUUAUGACUGCCGAACAAAAAGAGAUAAGACUUCGCAAGAUUGAGGCCAAUCGGGAGCAGAAAAGUAUGGACACCGACACCAUAAUCCCAAACACCCGGCCGUCGGUCAUACAGUCGACUGACACUCAGACCAGUGCAGCACCGGUUGAAUCGAUGUCUGUGUUGAAAAAGUUUGAUCACUUGGAGAGUGAUUAUGAGAAACUGAAAGCACGUCUCACUGAGUUGGAGGCUAUCAUCAAGAAUAACAAUAUUACAGUCAAUAACAAUUAUGAUAAUAAUUAUAACAAUAGUCAAAACUGCUGUAACACUCAUAACGAUAGUAACAAUAAUAUUGUUAAUGAAUUAAUGCCGUAUAAAAGUGAGUACCAAUCGGUAUACGAGAGGGCCGUCGAGUUGGAGCUGUCGUUCGCGCCGUCCGUCGGCCACGCAAUCAAUCCUAUGGACCGAAUGGACAUGAGUUAUACGGAAGUAGAGUCGACACGUUUGCAUGAAUUGGUGACCGCUGUGAACGCUAUUCGACUUCAGGAUUGGACCCAAAUUAAUGAAUGGUGUCAGAGGAGACUCAUCAGCGAGUUUAAUAAUGGUAUACAUGAUUCGAUCAACACGUCCAAGAUGUUGGGUCUGUACCUGGAGCGAGUGACUCAGGGCACCGUACAAAUGGCCAAGUGUUUGCCCGCGUUUACGCAAUUGCCCGAGGACGAUCGAAUCGCCCUGAUCAAAUAUGGCUGCUCUGACAUAUGCGCGCUUCGGUCCGUUUUGUGUUUCAAUUACGAUCACGAGUACUGGAAUUUCCAGAUGCGUAACCUCUAUGACAGAUAUCGUAAUUUUAUUGCUAAUAUUGGCCGCGAAUGGGAUUCCGACACAAUUAUCAUUGAUUUGUUAUCCAUUAUACUACUAUUCAAUCCGGAUCGAGAAUGGCUAAUGAACCGUGAAGGGGAAUUAUCUCCGGGGGAAAUGGCCAACCCUAUUGAUAUUGUUACCAGAUGUCAAAAUCCGUGUCAAAAUCGGCAAAUGGCCAGAGACGUUGGCGUACUGUGUGUGAUUUGCGGUGAUAUAUCUCAUGGCUACAAUUUUAAUGCCUUGACGUGCGAGUCAUGUAAAGUGAUGUUUAGGAGAAAUGCCCACAAUAUAGAGAAAUAUGAAUGUAAUUUCAACGGCAACUGUCGGAUAGAUAUUAAAAGUAGGAAAUUAUGCAAAUCGUGUCGAUUGAGAAAGUGUUUUGCAAACGGCAUGAAAAUAGAUAAUAUAAUGACUGCCGAACAGAUACAGCGAAGACGUGAUAAGAUUGAGGCCAAUCGGGUGAGAAAGGCUGUAAACAGCGCCGUCACAGCCACCCGGCCAUCGGUCAUAACAGCGGCCAACCCUCAGACCAGUGCAGCACCGGUUGAAUCGAUGGCUGUAUUGAAAAAGUUUGAUCACUUGGAGAGUGAUUAUGAGAAACUGAAAGCGCGUUUCAAUGAGUUGGAGGCCAUCAUUAAAGACAACAAUAUUAUCCCUAAAAGCAAUUAUAACAGCAAUAAUAGUAAUCAAAACAGUGGUAACAAUCAUAGCGAUAGUAUUGCCAAUAAUUUAAUGCCGUAUAAAAGUGAGUACAAAUCGGUAUACGAAAGGGCCGUCGAGUUGGAGCUGUCAUUUGCGCCGUCGGUUAGCCGUCCAUUGAAUCCAAUGGACACGAGUUUUACCGAAACAGAGAUCACGCGUUUGCGGGAACUGUUGUCGGCGGCCAACGCUAUUCAGCCCCAGAAUUGGACCGAAAUUACCAUAAGUUGUCAAAACGAACUGAUCGUACAGUUCAACAAUGGGAACCAGUGCUCACGCAAUACCACAAAGAUGUUGGCCAUAUAUCUGGAACGAGUGACCGAGGGCAUUAUGCAAAUGUCCAAAUGCGUGCCCGCGUUUAACCAGUUGUCCGAUACGGACCAACUGUCCUUGAUCAAAUAUGGUUGCUUUGAUAUAUGCGCGUUGCGAUCGGUUUUGUGUUUUAAUUAUGAUUACGAGUACUGGAACUACCAAAUGGACGCGGAUAAUAGUGUGAUUUUGAAGCUAGAUCUAUUAAAGGCUGAAAAACGUAAUAUUUAUGGCAGUUAUCACACGUUUCUCACUAAUAUUGGCCGGCAAUGGGAUUCCGACCCAAUUGUUAUUGAUUUGUUGACCACUAUUUUACUCUUUAACCCUGAUCGACCGGAAUUAAUGUCCCGAGAGCUUAUCAGAUUACAACAGAAUAUAUACAUGUAUUUACUUCAACGCUAUUUAAUAAUCAAAUACGGUUCUGAAUCCGAGGCGAAGACAAAGUAUUUACGAUUAAUGAGUUGUUUAAUGGAUUUAAACGGUUUGGAGGAUAAGAUCGCUUACAAUUGGAUGGAGACUGACUGCACAUAUAUUCCGUUGGAUAAACUAAAGAAUAAGACGAGACAACAACAGCAGCUCAAGAGAUAA